GUCUUUAGUUCUGCCCCAACGAGUAACCAAAUCAAUAUCUGUAAGGACUAUACAGGAAAUGUCCACCUUUUGAAAAGUUCACUACAAGCUUUCAGACGCCGACGUUUCAACCCAAUGGCCAGGCUUGAUGUCAUUUUUGUGGAUGGGGAGGACAACGCUGAAGGUGCAGUGGAUGGUGGUGGACCCACCAGAGAAUACCUACUUAUUCUUAUAAAGUCAAUUCACCAGUCCUGCAUAUUUGAGGGACCUGAAACAGAAAAGCGUCUCACCCUCGACACUCUUGCCCUGAAAAAAAAAACAUACCAACAGAUAGCACGGAUGAUUUCUGUGUGUGUUAUUCAUGGAGGCGUGGCACCAGGUUUUUUCUCUGACAGACUGUAUGGGCAACUUUGUCGUACACGUACCCCCCCUGCGACACUGGAGGAAGUGAGCGACGUGUCGUUCAAGGAGAAGCUUUUGAAGAUCAAAGACGCAAGAACUGUCCAAGAGGCAAAAGCAGCAGUAGAAGAGGCAGAGGACUGUCUCGCUAUUGUGGGAGCAUGCAGAAGCAUCUCCACACUUAGACAGAGAGAUGCCCUGGUUCAGGCUGCCGUUGACUACUUCGUUGAGGGCAGACUACAUGUUGCAUUGCAACAAUUUGAAGUUGGCCUCAACACCCUUGGUCUUCUGGAGGCAAUGAGAGAACACACGGAUCUAUUCUAUAACAUGUUUGUAGAAAACCCAAGUCUUUUGAAGGCUGCUGACCUAUCAACACUGUUUAAAAUCCAAUACUCGCCACCAGGCACCUGGGCAGGAGAGUUAGAAACUCAAAACAUAUGCUAUUGGAGAGAUUUGCUAAUUGACAUUGAAGGUAAACCCUUGAAAAUUGGGGAUCCCCUUGGGGAUCAAUAA